AUGAACUUCUAUACUAUCAGGGAGUUCAGCAUCACGUCUUUAAAGACUAUCCGGCUCUGUGGCAAAGACGUCCACGACUUCCUCUAUACCUUCGAAUCCCGUACUGGAUAUCGUGGUCGAGACCCACUUGGAACUCUACCUGGCAUUGUCCUACACAGCGGAACUAGUUUCGAGGACCCUGUGAUCGCCGGUGUUAGCGAUGAGUCUCAAAAUGCGGGUACACCCUACUCUCUAAAUUAUAAUACCAUUCUCUACUUGCCAGCUUUACCUGGAACUUUGAGGAACGAAAUAGACUGA